GCAGCUAGACAGAGCGAUGUCGUCGGAGUAUUCGUUCUGCAGCGAGGGUGGCUUCGACGAGCUCUCGAGCUCCUCCGAUUCCGGUUUCGACGUUAGCUUCGAGUCGCCGAAACACGAAGUGCCGACCGACACUCUCUUCGCCCCGGUCAAGGAGGAGAAGCGCAAGAAGACGCGGAACACUCGCUGCAAAAGCCCCGCGCAGGUGCUGAGGCUGAAGCGGAACCGACGGAUAAAGGCGAACGACCGCGAACGUCACCGGAUGCAUACCCUGAACGACGCCCUGGAGCGCCUGAGGAUGGCCUUGCCGACCUUCCCGGAGGACACGAAGCUGACGAAGAUCGAGACGCUGCGCUUCGCGCACAACUACAUCUGGGCGCUCUCGCAGACCUUGGGCAACGCGGACAGCGGCGAGAUCACCGUGAACGUCGGCAACGUCACCGUCAACAUCGGCGAGAACGGCAACAUGAUCACCUCGUCGACGGGUAGCUGCGCGGUGGCCGCGCAGAAGAGGCUCGGCCCGACGCACACCGGCUUCCCGUACCCUCAGGAGCGAUUCGUGCCGGAGUGGCAGGAGUACGACUGCUACAGCGACCAGAGCGUCAGUCCGCCCAUGCAGUAUCAGCCCUGCUACGACCAGAGGAUGUACCAUCCUCAUCGUCCUCAGCACCAGCUGCCGCCGCCGCCUCACCACCACAUGGUCCACCAUACCAACAUGUAUCAGUGUCUCUAGGACGUUUCGCGGUGGAAACAGCGUUAUGAGGAAACGAAGAAGCGGCCAUUUGAAGAAUUUAUCAGUGAGUUAAUCGAAGGAUAAAUAUGGACGGAAGGGUAUAAUCGUAGCUGAAGACGCGGGCUGUGGCUUCAAGUGCGUUUCCGCGAGGCCGACGUGCCUGUAAAGAGAAAAGGACAGUGCUAUGAUUAUCGUUAUCUACUUUGUAAGAGAGUAUUUUAUUUGUGAGGAGUAUUCGCGUAACACUCUGACGGUGUCAGUCGAUUGGGACGGUUCUUCAGUUCAACGUUCAGUUCGACGUUUCGCUUCCGAUUCUCUCUUCAUGUUCCUCUUUUACUUUUCUUUUCUAUCGUCAGUCGUGGAAGAUGGAGGAGGCGUUCAUGAGACGCUACGUCUGAUUCGCUUCGAAAUCGUACCGAGCGCGCUCCUCUUUCCACGUUAAAUUAGGAGAAGUAUCUUAAUUCCGUAAUUAAGAUAUAAUUGAUCGAGGAUUAAUUGACAAUCGAUAGAUCUCUUACGUUACAAGUAGCGUACUCCAGCCGUGCGUUCCUUUUGUUCUAGUCAUGAAUAUCCUUAGUUGAUCUCGUACGCUCGAUCUCGCUUUUGGUUCAGCGUAUCUUAGGUAGAUUUAAGUUGUAAUUGGAUGUACACUUACAACGUCCGCCAGUGCUCUUAUCGUAACACGGAAA